CAGUUGACAACUCGCAAACACAGUCCUGUCCACAGAGAAAGGAGCGAGAGAAAGAUACAGUAGAAAGUCUUCUCCACUGAAGACUCCAAUCAGUGGAGAGAGAAAGAAAGACUACUACUGUACCCUUGUCCCUGUUCUUCACUCCACCAUUAGAGAGAGAGAGAGAGCCCAAAGCCGCCGUUCUUUUCACCCUAACAUGGACACGAAGAACCUCCGGUUCAUAACCCACCAAUCUUUCUUCACCGCCGUUCGUUCGGGCGACCUUGAAUCGCUUAAGCUCAUCGUCCAAACUGAAAACCCCGACGACCACCAUCACCCGGCCUCCGUCUCCGCCCUCAUGGCGCUCCAGACCGAUGCGGGCGAGACGGCCCUCUUGAUCGCCGCGAAGAACAAUUCCCGAGAGACGUUUAGUUACUUGCUCGGCCUAUGCGGUCUUGACGCCGUUAAGAUCAGGUCCAAGUCUGAUUUGAACGCCUUUCAUGUCGCCGCCAAGCUUGGUCACCUGGGAAUUGUGAAGGAACUUCUGGGCAUGUGGCCUGAGCUUUGUAGGUUAUGUGACUCCUCAAACACAAGCCCUCUAUAUUCAGCUGCCGUGCAGGACCACUUGGAUGUGGUGAAUGCCAUAUUAGAUACAGAUGCCAGCUCAAUGCGGAUAGUGAGGAAAAAUGGGAAAACUGCUUUACACACAGCUGGAAGGUAUGGUCUUCUGCGAAUCGUUGAAGCACUUAUAAACAGAGACCCGGGAAUCGUCCCCAUCAAGGAUAAGAAGGGCCAAACUGCACUCCAUAUGGCUGUGAAGGGUCAGGAUACUUCGGUAGUGGAGGCAAUAUUGAGUGCUGAUUACUCAAUACUGAAUGAGCGCGAUAAGAAGGGGAAUACAGCUGUCCAUAUAGCCACAAGGAAAUGCCGCCCACAGAUAAUUGGCCUUUUGUUGAGCUACAAAUCUGUUGAAGUCAACGCCAUUAACAACCAACAUGAAACCGCAUUGGAUUUAGCAGACAAACUCCAAUACGGAGAAUCUGCACUAGUAAUCCAGGAAGCUCUCAACGAAGCUGGUGCUAAGCACGCAAGGCACGUAGGCAAAGUGGAUGCAAACAUGGAACUCAAAAGGGCUGUGAGUGAUAUAAAGCAUGAGGUCCAGUCCCAAUUCGUACAAAAUGAGAAAACCAACAGGCGGGUUUCUGGUAUUGCCAAAGAACUGAAGAAAAUUCAUAGGGAAGCGGUUCAGAAUACAAUUAAUUCAGUCACUGUUGUUGCCGUUCUGUUUGCCUCCAUUGCUUUCCUUGCAAUAUUCAAUUUACCUGGCCAAUAUGUGAAAACUGGACCAGGAGCGGGGGAAGCUAAUAUAGCUCAUACAGUAGCAUUUCGGGUAUUUUGCCUUCUAAACGCUGCUUCCCUUUUCAUCUCUUUAGCUGUUGUCGUGGUUCAAAUCACUUUGGUUGCUUGGGACACAAGGGCUCAGAGACGGAUUGUUUCCGUAAUCAACAAGCUCAUGUGGACUGCAUGCAUAAGCACUUGUGGGGCGUUUUUGUCAAUUGCCUUUGUGGUCGUGGGAAAGCAAAGCUCGUGGAUGGCUAUUACUAUAACUGCAGUGGGAGCGCCGAUUCUGUUGGGAACUCUGGUUGGCUUGUGUUACUUUGUUUUCCGGCAACACUUUGGAUUUUUUGGCAACGAUUCACAGAGACGCAUACGGAGGGCUAGCGGGAGUAAAUCUUUCUCGUGGUCCCAUUCUGCUAAUAUUUCUGAGUUUGACGAGUAUAAUUCAGACCACGAGAAGAAGAUCUAUGCUCUGUGACCUUUUGUCAAUAAUAUAGUACACCCGCUGAUCAAAAGAAUAAUAUAGUACGCUGAAAGAGAGAUGCUAUUAGGAAUUCGGUUGUUUGCUAUGGUUUGGAGCAUUGUGCAUGUAGUUUAAAGGUUGUGGAAGCAAGAGUUGUUUGGAUGUAGUCAAUUUCAUUGUUAACAAUGAGAGGGCUGUGUAGAUAGUUGUAUAUAUGCAUGUAUCUAGAAUUUCGAGUUGUACUAUAUGGGUUGCGAGCUCUUGGUAGAAGUGGGACUUGUAUACUCGUACGUAUUUCAUAAUAAUAAAAUUUGGGGAGACAAAACUCUCCAGUACUGUUUAUUCGCAA